CUGAUCAGGAGGUUGAAUCGGGAAUUCCUCAAGCUGUUGCUCCUGCUGUGAAGGGACACAUGUGCUGACUUGACUGUUGGUCCUUUGCAUCCCUCGUGUCGCAGUGGCACAACCAGAAAAAAUGGGCAUAUCAAAAUCUUCAAGUCCAACUCUAGAUGGUUCGGGUGCAGUUGUCAUCAACCCAGAAGGCGGGCUUCCAUUUUCAAAAUACAGAGCAUGUCUACGUCUGAUGUGGUAGUAGAACGAGUUGAAAACUCUGUAUUCUUCGGUACAUCCAUUAAUUCCACAUACAACACGGAAAUCUGGACUGCGGCCAUGUGCCUUGUUAAUAUGGCUCAGCAGAGACUUCAAUGUUAACGCAAAAAAAACAAAGCAAAUCACACACCGCCAAUACGCCAUGUUCCUCAAAACCUUCUGAACUGAGGAGGAGAUGGAAGCUGACAGAUUGAUGUGACAGACAAAACAUCUGCUAAAGGCAAAGUUGAACCACAGCCCGCGCCAGUACUGUAAUAUCUCCUAGUUCUGCAAUACUUCCUGGCGGGCUUUUGCACGUUGGUUGGGUCAAACCAUAUUAACAAUGGGGGGGUAGGGUCUCUGAUAUAUCCUUUUUAGUAUGUGCUGCGAUAUUAAAAAUACAAAAAGCAUAUGUAUUAGCAAUUACAAACACUAUCGUCACCUUUUUUCCCUCAAAUGCUUAAUUUGAUCAUCCCUAUUUACCCAGAUUAUUAUUUGUCGAAGGAGGAGUUCAACCCACUACUGUAUCAUUGUCAAGUAGCCAGUUCACGAGGUUAGAAAGAAGAGAAGGUCACAGAAGAAGAGAAGAGAAGAAGGUCACACAUUGGAGAGAAGGUUAUAGAUGGGACAAUGGAUACACUGGAUGAUGUUACAGUGUCAAUUUUUAAGGCUGCUAACAUCAAUGAGGUGUUGAUGCACUCCCUCACUCGUGAUGAUUUGAGAGACCUUUUUCCUGGGCCAGAACACUUUCUUAGGAGAAAAAGAGUGUGGUCUUUCAUCAGCCCAGAGGACGAGAAUCCUAUCUUAAAAGAUAAAGAUGGCCCUUCUGAAACAGGAACUCCACCUUGUAGAAAACAUAGUCUCCCUCCAACAUCCACUCCUUUGGAGAAAAAACGCCCAAAGUUGACCCUACAGCUACCUAGUCCACCAGAGUAUGUGAUCUACACGGACAGUGAGUUGGAACAAGCUCGUAGACAUUACUUUGAGAUGGCCCGCACAGGCAGAGAGAGGGAAUGUGUAAUGUCCAAGGAGUUGAGUUGCAGGCUAGUGAGGAACACACUCACCAGCAUGAUUUCCAUCCUGAGAGCAAGUCCACAAGGAGAAGAGCUUCACUACCCUUCCAACCCUGAACUCACAGCCAUGGCUAAGAAAGUAGUGGAGUAUUAUCCCAUGUUACAAGACAAAGAUGAAGCUGUGAAACAUACAACCAUUCACAAUAAACUUAAAAAGAGGCUUCUAAACGUAAAGUCUCCGCAAAAGAGGCAAGGGCCUGCACAAGAGAGGGGCCGUCCAAAGAAGAGGCGUUGCCUUGACUUGUCAGCAAGUGACUCAGGAAAAGAUUAUGAUGCUGACUCAAGUGACGCAGGUGGAUCAACAAUUAUUUUGGAUCAGACUCUUAACAGUUCUGAUGAAAAUGAAAGUACAUCUUCCACAGUAGCCCGCUCGGGCCGCCGGCUGCCCAAUUACACCGCGGACCAGCGAUCCAGUAUGGUCAUCCGUUCUCCCAAUUCACACCAGGGAGCCAAAAAGCAGCUGGUAAAGGCCCUCCACGGUACACUUUACCCAGCAGAGGACCCAGAGCCCGGGGAGGAAGAAGAGGUGGACAAGGAUAGUCUGCAAGCACAGGCCAGGCAUUUUAAGACUCUGCAUGAGAUGUACAAGAAUAAAAAACAAAACAAAGAUGCUGUCUCUCAACUCCUUGAUCUCGAGUUUGAAGCAAGAAGACUGUUCAUUGACAGUGAUGUCCUGAAAGUGGAGGACAGGCACACAAAGGUGAUGUCUGAGCUGCGUCGCAUCCUGGAUAAAGACAACCACAAAUACAUAGCACAAGUAAAGAAGAGAUGGGACGACUUUGUUGCUAAAGUGCAGUUUUACGGAGUUUUGAAGAAAGCGAUGAAACCACCUAUGACCCUGGAUCGUGUGGAAUUCUCGAUUGCCUUGUUCAAGGCACUCCCUACACUCUUUCCUUCACCAGCUGCACCGCCUAAGAAAUUGGGACAUGCCAGUGAGGCAUUGAUACAUGUUCUUCAGCCUACAGAAGAUCCCACCGUCUACCUCCAGAAGAGAUCUCUGUCCAGCCCCAUCUUACUUGUUGAUGACUCCAACUGCCUUGUCGCCAUAGGAACCACUCCCAUCACUACAUUUGCCAAGCAAGACCUGCAUGAGGGUAAGCAACCACAAGACGGCCAACGCGUUCGGGGAAGCGCAGAUGUACCUCACCAUAGAAGAAUUUGGAUGGAUGAAAAGGUGGCUGGAAAUCAAGGGGACGCUGACCGGCACCAACAACCGCUACUUCCUCUGCAUAGCGGGGAAGAACCCAUCGAGGAACCUUGCCACCUUCCUGAGGUUAGCAUGGGCUGAUGUUGGACUAAAAGGUCCCAUUAACUUCACCGACCUCCGCACAGUCCACGUAGAUAAUGCGAAGAGGUUUCAGGACAAAAGCAACCGCCAAAGAGUGAGUGAUUUCAUGUGUCACAACACUGCAACUGCAGACAAAUUUUAUGCCAAGAAUCCUUCUUUGAAGGAGGCUGCGGACAUACGAAUGCUCUUCACAGAGUCACUGCAAGCAGCGGCCGCAGCAGCAUUAGGGGUGAGUGAAGACAAUUUGGGGGACAUUGACAUCCACAGUGACCGUGACAGCUCUGGAGAUGAGCAUAGCCCUACUCCCUACCAAGACUCCACCGAUACCGAGACGUCAGAUGAAUUAUACAAAGACUUCAACGCCUGGAGAGCGGUGAAGAGGGAACAGUCAAUGGCCGAACACAGUCCCUCAGACACGGGUGAAGAUAGGGUGCCAGCCUCUGCACCAACUUCACCCGAUACGGACAAUGUUGCCAGUGAUCAACUUGUAAAUAUGCAAUGUUUUGUUGUACUCAGUCCGCUUGUGCUGGAUGAGUUAACAAUGUUAUAAUGUUAUAAAGUGUCAAUGUAUAUAUUUCUGUAAAUAAAGUUUGUUAAAAUUA